AUGGGCAUGCUCUUGAAACUUGUGAAUGCAAAUUGGACGAUUGAAAUCAGAGUUUUUACUGGCUACUCGCUUCUCCUCACUGCCCUUAGGAUUCCUGAUGAUGGCAAGACUACAGCCAUAGGCAUCAUCCGAAAAACAUACGAAAUAGGCUUGCCAAUCAUCAAGGAAGCCAGUAUGGAACACAAAAUUGGCUUUAUCGAGUCCUCAGCUCUCCCUAUUCUCGACAAACUCUUAGAAAAUGUAGCGCAGGAAGGGAGUUUUGACUUUGCUUUUGUUGAUGCUGACAUGAACAACAAUUGGAAUUACCACAAAAGGCUAAUUAAACUGAUCAAGAUUGGUGGAAUAAUUAUCUAUGAUAACACACUUUGGGGAGGGACAGUUGCUUUACCUGAAGAAGAUGUUCCUGAGACCAAAAGGGAAUGGAGGCUAUAUAUGUGCAAUUGA